CAGAACGCCCUGCAAUUUAAAACAUGAAUUGCUUAUUUCUUAUAUUCCCUUUCAAUAUUUCCUGGCCGUGGACGACCUCGGGUAAAUGAGAGCGUGACAAGUGAAACCACGGAUAAUGGGGACACGACCGUAGGCCUCGUUUGGCUGGACUGGCUUUCCCCUGAAACCAAAACUCAACGACAGCCCCUUAGGCUUAGAAGCACAUGCCGCUGUCUACUGGCUGGACCCCAGCUGAUUGGUGAUACCGUCCGGGCCGUGACAAUGGGCUGCGGUAGAGUCGCGGUCGUCCGCUCAGCUCCCCAGAACCCUGACUCCAUUGGGCAUUAGGGGGAAAUCUAAACUACUAAGAAGGUCCCAGGGAGCGGAAACGGACGCGCAGCAGCUUCCUGUACGUCACUUCCUGGCAGGCCAAGCACUUCCGCCCGCGGUGGGCCCCGCCCUCUCAGGCCGGCGCAGAGUAGGGCGGAGGGACGUUGCCCGCCCUUCGAUGAGGCGCUGCGCGCCGGGCCUCGCCGCCCUCCUCCCACGGAACUGGCCGCCCGAGGCUCCGCUCGGGUCGGGGGUUCUGCUCGGGGCCUUCUCCGCAUCCGCGAUAGGCCCUCCCGCCCCGUAAGUCCCGCGGAACCCCGCCCAGGCAAGCCUCAGCCGGCGCGUUGCUCCCUGAGCUCCCGGCGUCCACACCUUAAAUGCCGCGCGCCCUUAAGUCCCCGACGUGGGGCCCGGGCGACCGCAGUCAGACAUGCGCUGCGCCAGCCGAGUGACGAGUUCCUCGCGGGCCACGCCCCCCACGGCCCUCCCCGGAGGCUGACGGGCCGCCUCCCAGCCUGGCUAGCAGGGCCAGGAGAGUCCGAGGGCCCGAGUGGGCUCUUCGUGCGCGACAGCGAGCGGCCCGGCCUCCAUCGAUGUCCGCAGAACAGUUCCCGGCACCCACGAUGAGCAAGGAGACCCCGCACUGGCUGUCAUUGCGCAGCCUCUCCGCCGCUCCCUUCAGUGGCAAGUGUGCCCGCCAGCCCUGCACCUUGGUGCACGCCGCGCCUGCCGGGGCCGUGUGGUGCCAGGCAGCACGUCAGUGCAGUGAGGACAUCACAGGCUCGCUUCUUGUGAUGUCACUUCUCAGUGGACCCAGUUUCCUCUGCGCCCUGCAGGUGGACACUCUUCUGAGGACGGGCCCUGGCAGGAGACAGCCGUUCUGAGCCUUCAGUGUGACCUCAGAAGUACGUGGACGCAAGACGGAAACUGUGUGGAUUUUGUGGCUCCUGUCCCCUCCGCUGCCCAGGAAGAGCCGUCGCCUUGGCUGGACGUGGAGGCCAGCUGUGCUCCCGCUUUCUGCUGGUGGCUUGCUGACAGCUGGCGGCCAGGCCCAGCCUCCAUCCUUCCACCUGAGGUCACCCGGCCAGAGAUAAGGCCGCGCCUGCUGGGUCACCAUGGCGGCACCUGCAAAACCCCCGGCAGAGGCGGCCUCGGGCCCGGAGGAGAAGCCCCGUGGAAAGCCGCCCCUCGGCUGGGGCUCCCUGUUCGGCCACAGGAGUGAGAAGAUCAUUUCUGCCAAGAGCGACAGCACUCCGGAGGAGGGCGUGCUCGCUGUCACCAUCACCGAGACCACAGUCAUCGAGGCGGACCUGGGCGUGUGGAGCUCUCGGGCUCUGCUCUACCUCACGCUCUGGUUCUUCCUCAGCUUCUGCACCCUCUUCCUCAACAAGUACAUCCUGUCCCUGCUGGAGGGCGAGCCCGGCAUGCUGGGCGCAGUGCAGAUGCUGUCCACCACCUGCAUCGGGGGCUUGAAGACGUUCGUGCCGUGCUGCCUGCACCAGCACAAGGCCCGGCUCUCCUACCCACCCCACUUCGCCAUGACCAUGCUGUUCGUGGGCCUCAUGAGGUUCGCCACAGUGGUCCUGGGCCUGGUCAGCCUGAAGAACGUGGCAGUGUCGUUUGCUGAGACAGUGAAGAGCUCCGCCCCCAUCUUCACUGUCAUCAUGUCGCGGAUGAUCCUGGGAGAAUACACGGGGCUGCUGGUCAACCUGUCCCUCGUCCCCGUCAUGGGCGGCCUGGCGCUGUGCACGGCCACAGAGAUGAGCUUCAAUGUCCUGGGGUUCUCGGCAGCGUUGUCCACCAACAUCAUGGACUGUUUGCAAAAUGUUUUCUCAAAAAAGCUGCUCAGUGGGGACAAGUACAGGUUCUCGGCCACCGAACUGCAGUUCUACACAAGCGCCGCGGCCAUGGCCAUGCUGGUACCUGCCUGGGUCUUCUUCAUGGACUUGCCAGUGAUGGGCAGGAGCGGGAAGAGCUUCCGUUACACGCAGGACGCGCUGCUGCUGUUGCUGCUGGACGGCGUGCUGUUCCACCUGCAGAGCGUCUCCGCCUACGCCCUCAUGGGCAGGGUCUCCCCGGUGACCUUCAGUGUCGCCAGCACCGUGAAGCACGCCCUGUCCAUCUGGCUCAGUAUUAUAGUUUUCGGCAACAGAGUCACCAGCCUGUCCGCUGUGGGCACCGUCCUGGUGACAGCUGGCGUCCUGCUCUACAACAAGGCCAAGCAGCGCCAGCGGGACACCAUGCAGAACCUUGCGCCGCCUGCCAGCCAGGCGCCCAGCGACGGCGUGGAGCCGCAGAUUCCCAAGGACCCCAGGCCACAGCACUGAGCUCUGGAGCCGCAGCAGGUGCCGGGACGGGCCCUGCGCGCUCUGUCCUAGCUGACGCAGUCCCCUCCCCCUGCCGCCUGUCCCCUGCCCCCUCUGUGGGUCAGCUGGGUGGGGAAAAGGCAUGCGCAGCACUAACUGCCCCUUUCUGGGGUCUCCAGUCAAAACCAGCGGGACCUUGCAGGGUGCCCAGACGUUGGUCCCCUGUGGGGAGACCAGAGCCAGCUGCCACUGAGCCAUUGCUGCACGAUGUGAAGAGUGCCUCCCACGGGCCCACACUGCAUGCAGGGCGGGGGAGACCGCCAGCCUCACUGCAGUCAGGCCGGGCUCGGACUCUUCUGUGGGUGACAGCCCCGGGGACACCUGUGAAGCCAGAGCUGGUCCAGGUGCCUGCUCAGUACUGGUGGGUGAACUUAUCUGCUCCAGGCCAACCAUCAAGGCCCACCCAAGGUGUGACCUGCUCCUUGGUCCUCUGGGGAGACCUUUGUGCCCAAAGAGAGGGCUGGGGCACCCCGGGCCUUGGCAAAGAGGCCAUGGAGCCUGGCAGGGUGGGGAGGGGACUCAUAGGGCAGAAACAAGGAUUCCCCUCUGCUGAGGGCCGGGUGUGGGGCCCUGCCUCCCUGCCUCCCUGCCCUGGAGCUGCCUGCACCUGGCACCACUUAGGGAGAAGUGACUCCAGGGAGGGAGGCCCCCCCACCCCCACCCCCACCCCGCAGCCUGCUGGGCCCUCAUGCACCGAGGACUGCCACCUGCUGUGCUGAGCUCAGGCAAGGGAGAUGCAGGUGGUCCCUGUGGUUCUGGCCCAGGCUGCUCUGCAGGGUCCCUGCGGGCAUCCCUGUCCUCUCCCAGCUCGUCCCUCCUAAAGGGAUGCGCCGGGGGGAGGAGUGGGAAAGAGUGUGUGGGGUGUUUACAGUUCUCAUGACACUGUUUGAAACGGCAGUGCAGUUUCUUCACAGGGAGAUGCAGGCACACGUGGUUUUGGGGGGCCAGGUAACCCACUUUGAGCUGCUGCCUGGCUCAACCUGGCUGUGCCCCAAAAUGAACAGAUGACCAUGUGGUGUUUGUGCCAGAGUCGGGCUGAGAUCCCCAUCCUGGAGGGACUUCUGUGGGGGCCUGUCACCGGCCAGUCUUCGGGGGCCUCUCCUUUGCUCCUUUGGCCAGGGCGGUCCUAAGCCCUGGGGCUGGUCAGAGGCAGCCCUGCUCGGGGAGCAGGUCUGGCCCCUGGGGACCUGGAGCUCGCCUGCGGGACUGACAGAAGUAACUGACAGCAAGGACCUGAGGCCCUAGCUGCUGUCCCAUCUCCGCCCUGCUGCUCAGGCCUAGGCCUCCACAGCCGCAUCACUGGUUUCCUUGUUGGUGUGUCGACUGGAAAAUGCAGAAACUGCCUCUUCAGGACACCAGGCCUCUUGGAAACAAAGAGCAAUAAUUACGUCUCCUCGAGCUCUGCCUGCUUGACAAGUCUGCCACAAUGAUGAACUAAAAUGAGGCCUUUUAAACAACAAUAAGCUUUUAAAAGGCUGCCCUGUGGCCAGAGGACAGGCAGGUGUGGGGUCACCUGCUGACAACCUCCCUUUCACACUGAGGGCGUUUCUUUGGACUCCCUCAGGCUUCUGGUCCCUUUCCGCCUCUUCUUCCCCCAAAACAAAACUGCGAAACUAAGGGGGAUUCAUCAGAGGUGGCCAGGGAGGUGGGAUGUCCUGUUGAUCUGUGAGGACCAGAGAAAGCCGCUCUCUGGGGCCCCUGUCUGCGCCCUCGGGAAUGGAGCUGAACGAAGCAGGGAGCCCGUCUGUGGCCCUUGGGGCAGGACUUCCACGUGGGCCUCCUUGGACUUUGUCACCCAAGUGCAAAGUGACACACCCGCCUGUUUCUGAGUGUCCUCAGGGAGUUCCGGGGCCCACCCAUGAUGUGCCGGCCCUCCACUCUUACUGUUGGCAUUCAGCUGGUUUCGAUUUUCCAAGUUUUUGGACCAGAAGUGAAAUGAAGAUUUUCCUAAAUUGUUAGGCAAUUUCCCCGCAAGCUGCUUUUGACACUCCUUGUCCCAAGCUGCGGCUGGCACAGCCCUUGCCCGGGGCUCACAUUCCUUCCAUCAGCCUUGUCUGCACCCCGGAGUCUCCCACUUCUCGGGCAUUCCUAGACAGUUCUGUGCGGAGGGUCACGGCCUGGCCUUGUGCUUAAUGACCGUCCAAACAGCACUUCAUUAGCUUUGUGUGGUUUCUACAGUGUGUUCUUCCCGCCAAACUGUCUCAGGUGCGUGUGCACCAGCAUUGAAGCCGCGUGUCGUCACCUCCCUGGUCACUGUGUCUGUGGCUGUCUGUGCCUUUAUACACAAACACUUGCACCGAGGUCGAGUCAGGCCACCUGCUCACGCCCACUGACACGUAGACGCCUGCAGGUCGCUGGUUUUCAACCAUCCACUACUGAUGGCACAGGAGGCUGCUCACCUCGGAACCCAGCAGUCCACAUCUGCAUCUCAGCAUGAAAGCUGUCUGCCUCGGAGAGCUGAGAACGCCCUUGCCCAACCAAAAAUGUGGCUUUAAUUUGAGGAAAAAUAAACAUGGUGAGCAGAAAAAACCGUGCUGCACAAAGAAUGUCAGCCACAUGGCGGUGCCCAAAUACUUUUCCCCAACCCCAUGGGUUUGCUUCCUGCUGUGGCACACUCCCGUGGAUGGCUGCUCAGAGGGGCCAGUUCAGGGGACAGACACGCACGGGGCUCCUUCCACCUGUCCCAGCGAUGUGCUUCCUCGGGCCUGGACGUCUUUUCACUGUUUCUCUGGGUGGGAAACAUUAAGGAUGUCACAGUUAGAAGUCCUUUCCUGCUUCUCCCUUUGACAGAUUUCAUAUUAAGGGCUUUAUUGUUUCCCCAAGUAUCUACAUGCCCUGGUGGGGGCCUCUGAAUUUUCUUAGUUUAUAAGUAAGAAAGUCCUAGCCUCUCAAUGUAUCUGCCUGUUUCUCUCAGUGCUGGGUGAGCCAAGAGCAGACGGGGUCAGCAGCUUGCCUGGCAGCCAAGGCAUAAAACUGCCAACCUCGCUGGCUCGGAUUCUGAGUGAUGGCCGUGGGGCCCAUGCCCAGAUAUCCAGACUGGGUUAGAAGUUGUUCUAACUGGCAAAGUCUUAUUUAUCUGGGUGCCCCCCCCCCCGUUUUUAUUUGGGGAAAGCUGGCACAGCUGGUCUGCCGUUUCUAGAGUGCUGACUGCAGUCUGAGCUGCAGGGAACCUGCCAGUUGAGGGAGCCAGUCAGGGCUUUCCCACCCUGGGAAACACGAGGGUCCUGUCAAUAACCU